AAUCAUUCUAGAAGAAAACAAGACAGGAAACUCGAGAAAAAUGGCAAGAACCAAGCAAACCGCCCGUAAAUCCACCGGAGGUAAAGCCCCGAGGAAGCAGCUCGCCACCAAAGCCGCCCGUAAGAGCGCUCCAGCCACCGGCGGCGUCAAGAAGCCUCACCGCUACAGGCCCGGCACCGUGGCUCUGCGAGAGAUCCGUCGCUACCAGAAGUCCACCGAGCUGCUGAUCCGCAAGCUUCCCUUCCAGCGUCUGGUGCGAGAGAUCGCUCAGGACUUCAAGACGGACUUGCGCUUCCAGAGCUCCGCCGUCAUGGCCCUGCAGGAGUCCAGCGAGGCUUAUCUGGUCGGUCUGUUCGAGGACACCAACCUGUGCGCCAUCCACGCCAAGAGAGUCACCAUCAUGCCCAAAGACAUCCAGCUGGCCCGCCGCAUCCGUGGAGAGCGCGCCUAAACGCCUGACUUCACAAGUCUUGAAACCCUACAAGGCUCUUUUAAGAGCCACUUCAAUUUGUCUAACAAAAAGCAAUUACCUGGAUUUCUGUAAAACAUGCUGUGUGUACAUACAUUGUCAAGUUUUCUUAAUUAUAUUUUCUAGUUUAACAUUUUCAACAUUAAUAAUCUCAUCUAAUAUAUCAAUACGU